AAAACGGAAGCGCAAUGGCUUCCUUUCUCUUCCAUAAAUUAGAGUAAAUUUCAUACACAGGUUAUCUCGACAACUCUGACUAUGAAAUUUCUGAAGUCUCUAUUAGCGUUAUGCACAGUUCUUUCGCAAGCGGCGUGGGUUAACUGUGGUGGUCAUACUCACACAAAACGCUUGACUGGUGUACCGAAUGAUCCAACUAUCUUCGGAAAUGCACUCAACUUUUGGAAGAAGCUUGAAGCUGGCUGGGAUCUCACCCGCGGGGCAACUACCAACUCGAUCACUCUCCCAAUGCCCCAGAAUGGUCCAAUCGUAAUACAGCCCAAUGCGUCAGCUUUGGUUAUUAUCGACAUGCAAAACUUCUUCCUGCAUGAAAGCCUUAACGGUGAUCCCAAGGGAAGAGCAGUCGUUCCGACAACUAUCACCUUGAUACAUGCGUUUCGAAAUGCAGGCAUGCCCGUAUUGUGGACCAAUUGGGGAAUGACUGACUAUGAUAUCAUCAACAUGCCCCCCGCCUUCAUACAAGGAUUUUCUUCCGAUGAUACCUCCUUGACCUCGUUCGGUAGUGAGAUGGGCACGGUUAUGAUUCCACAAUCCGACCAGUCUAUCGCCGCCACAAGCACUACUCCCGGUCCGAACAUAACCAUUGACGCUGGACGCAAGCUCACACGGGGGAGCUGGAAUGCCCAACCAUGGGGGGACCUCUUCACAGAACAGACUGAGGGUGUUACAAACGGAACCGAUUUUUAUUUCAAUAAAAACCGCCUUUCGGGAAUGUGGGGGGCAUCGACGCCAAUGCAAACAUGGCUUCAAGAUAAUAGUAUAACAACGUUAUUCCAUGGAGGUGUCAAUAUUGACCAAUGUGUAUUCGGAACCUUGAUUGAUGCUUACUACAAAGGCUACGAUGUAAUCAUUGUGGACGAUAUUUCAGCUACAACAUCCCCUUCAUUUGCUACUCAGAUGGUCGAUUAUAAUGUGGCUUUGGAUGGUUGGCGAGUCAACUCCACCGAUAUUCUGCCAGCCUUAGUGGACGCCCGCAGAACAUAAUGGAUUGAUUCUCAACAACAUAACAGUGGUCAGACGUUAGGUUGGGGUGUAAAAAUCUCGACAUCGUACUCCGUUCGACGACUUGCACAUUAGGUGACGAAUGGAUUAAUAACAUUAUUGUACAGAAUGUACAAGGCACCACUAAGUUUUAUAGAAAAUUGAAGAAAGAGGGGGG